AAUGACAACUGCAAAAAUGAAUUUGGUUAAACCGCUCCAAAGCAAAUUCCCAGUUAUUUUAUCACCAAUUUUAGGAAUAUCAUCAAAUAGAACAUUUAGAAGAAAUAUAAAUAUACCAUUUCAUCAUGUACCAGUCGUCAUUGAACAAUCAGGAAGAGGCGAAAGAGCUUACGACAUCUACUCUCGACUGCUAAAAGAGCGUAUAAUCUGCCUGAUGGGUCCAAUAAACGACGUAACCAGCUCCUUAAUAAUAGCGCAGCUAUUGUUUCUGCAAUCGGAAUCGACUAGCCGGCCGAUACACAUGUACAUCAACUCUCCGGGAGGAGUAAUUACGGCAGGACUGGGGAUUUACGAUACGAUGCAGUACAUUUUGCCACCUGUGGCCACUUGGUGCGUCGGACAGGCCUGCAGCAUGGGAUCCCUGCUACUGGCUGCAGGAACAAAAGGAAUGAGACACUCCCUGCCAAACGCUAGAAUAAUGAUCCAUCAGCCUUCAGGAGGCGUGACCGGUCAGGCUACCGACAUAAAAAUUCAAGCCGAAGAAAUUUUAAAACUGAAAAAGCAAAUUAACAAUUUGUACUGCAGUCAUACCGGGAUGACUUUGGCAAAGAUCGAGCAGAGUCUGGAAAGGGAUAAUUUUAUGACACCUUACGAAGCAUUGGAGUUUGGCUUGAUCGAUAAAGUAUUGGUUGCUCCUCCAAAACCGGAGAAAGAAGAUGAAGACUGCGUUCCUCCUCCUCCUACGUUUAUAAAUAAAACAACUACCGCUAAAGUGUAAUGUGUAAAAUAAAAAUUAUUGAAUGU